AUGCCCAAAUCUCGAAGUCGGUCACGAAGUAAAGCCCGUACUUAUACAGUUCUGGGCAACCAGACAGUGGAUGCAAGAUCAAAGCAGUUGCUGUUCAAUGAGUUUGAGAUUUGCACAAUGGGACGAACUGUGCUCAAAGGGGAUGAAAUAUUCACCGAGGGAAUGGCAAACUCAUUGUUAGAAAAACACAUGAAGAAAAAGAAACCGGUCGGAUAUGUGAAUUUCCUGAUCGAUCGAAUGCGCUUUGGGAAACAGUCUGGUUCGGGAAGUGCUUCGCAUCGGGAAUACUUGAACUAUCGUGAGAUUAAACAACUCUACACAUUUCUCUCACGACCAAACGUGUUUAUGCUUUGCGUGGAAGAGGAAGCGACCGGUAAACGAAGUUACGAGACGUAUAUGUGCAAAAACGUGGACGACAUGACCCGAAUUCAGGAACUUAUCAAACAGAGCACAUCAGAUCCACAAUAUUUACUCCGUGCGGCUAACGUUGUAGCACCUCCUAUGAUGUCCAGUCCCCCAGCGACUGAACGCGUCACCCGAAAAUCAGUAGCUACACAAAAUACAAAUACUUUCACUCCUGCUCGACCGGUUUCUACCAGUCCUAUUCCGGAUCAUACCCUUCCAGCUCGUUCGUUCAUCCCGAACACUGCUUACCCCAACUUCACGGACCAUCGAGUCACACACCAGCAGACAUCACCCAAACUACCAGUUCGUACUGAACGUCCGGUUUCACGACCUUGCCUGUCACCAGUUCACUUUCCGCCGGCCCAUCAACCGAGACAAAUAUCCGUACAAUCUGUGGAACCCAGUAGACAGUCUCAACGAGUGGUUUCUGUCAGAUCAUUCAGCCCGGUGUUCGUAUCAACACAACCACACCUUCGUCUAGCACGAUCUCCUUCACCUUUUGGGGAAAAUGAAAACGAUGGACACAUCUAUCGGGACAGUCGCAUAAUCAGUACGAAACGUCCAUCCAGACUGUCCACAAUGGAAAAACCCCAUAUGCGAUCGAUGUCUUCGGACCCGAGCACAGUGAACACGUGGCACGAUGAUUUGACUUAUUUAGUUCCGAACACCGCAAGUGGGCCAGAAUUGGCUGAUCGAGGUUCCGUAUAUCUCUACGUCGCUCGAAGCAAGCGGAAUGAAACAGGGGCCACAAACUCCACAGAUUCAAUACCGGUGAGCUACAUUCAUGUGUGA